GUUGUCCCUGUGGCCGCCAUUAAAGAAAGGAAUCCAUGAAUUCAAAUGGAAACCAACAGGAACCGAGGCUGAAAUAAUGACCGAAAUAAUCAUAAAAACGUAGGCUGCUGCCAGAUUUCGAGAGGCUGUGACAGGAUGUGCUUCGUUUUGAGGCUCAAAUUUGCAAUGGAGGAGUGAGACGGGACGCUUUUAUUUAUUUAUUUUUUUUUUUAAACGGAGACCGUUUUAGGGCUAAGGGGGAGGGGGAGAGUUGCUUCUUUGCUCUCCUUUUUCUUUUUGUUUUAUGAACAUUUCACGCUUGUUUUUAGCGUGGGUUUGGCCGCGGACUCCUGGAGAUGUCUACGUAGAGACCCAGCAGUCUCUUUUAUGCGCUUUCAGCCCCGGCGGAGGGACACUGCGAUCGGAAGUGAAACGAUGGAGAUUUGGAUCUGUCACUGAAGAAGGAUGAGUUCUUGUUUUGUACCAAACGGGGCCAGCUUGGAGGAUUGCCAUUCCAAUCUAUUCUGUCUGGCUGACUUGACAGGGAUCAAAUGGAAGAGGUUUGUAUGGCAGGGUCCCACCUCUGCCCCCAUCCUCUUCCCCGUGACAGAGGAGGACCCCAUCCUAUGCAGCUUCAGCCGCUGCCUCAAGGCCGACGUGCUAAGCGUGUGGCGGCGCAGCCAGCGGCAAGGCCGGAGAGAGCUUUGGCUUUUCUGGUGGGGGGACGACCCCAACUUUGCUGAUCUCAUCCAUCAUGAACUUGCAGCCGAGGACGAUGGUCUGUGGGAAUACGGUCUCUCCUAUGAGUGUCGCACCUUGCUGUUCAAAGCUAUCCACAACCUGCUGGAGCGCUGCCUCAUGAAUCGUAGCUUUGUUCGCAUCGGCAAAUGGUUUGUCAAACCCUAUGAGAAGGAUGAGAAGCCCAUCAACAAGAGCGAGCACCUGUCCUGCGCCUUCACCUUCUUCUUACACGGGGAGAGUAAUGUGUGCACCAGUGUGGAGAUCAACCAGCACCAGCCCAUCUACCAUCUAACCGAGGAGCACCUCACAUUGGCCCAGCAAGCAUCCAGUCCAUUUCAAGUGAUCCUGAGUCCGUUUGGCCUCAACGGAACCCUGACUGGUCAGUCGUUCAAGAUGUCAGACCCCCCUACCCAGAAACUGAUUGAGGAGUGGAACCAGUUUUAUCCCAUCAGCCCCAGAGCCAAGGGUGUUUCGGAGGACAAGGCGGAGGACAUGGACUGGGAAGAUGACUCUUUGGCCUCUGUAGAGGUCCUCGUUGGCGGUGUGCGUAUGGUAUACCCAGCCUGCCUGGUGCUAGUGCCCCAGUCAGACAUCCCUGUUGUGGCCCCUGUGGGGUCCUCCCACUGCACUGCCGUCUACACGGGUGGCAACCAAGUGCCUGCUCUGCAGCGAGAGCCUGCCAUGUCUUUGGUGACCCUCACACCUCCCACGUCACCUGAGGAGAUGCACACAGGGGACUCUCACACUGCCCAGAAGUGGGUAAAGAUGCCUUCAUCUUGUGAUGUGUUCAGCGUGGACAGAACAAGUCACCACGGAGGGAAGAUUCCACGCCGGCUAGCCAAUCAGGUGGUGGAGCGUGUCUGGCAAGAGUGCAAUAUCAAGAAAGCCCAGAACAAGCGGAAGUUUUCAGCUGCUGCCAGUGGUACCAGCGAGGAGGAGGUGUUGGCCAAAGUGGGAGCCUGGGAUUUCGUAGAAUCUUCACAGAGGUCAAACUGCAACUGUUCCAGACACAAAUCAGUAAAGCAGCGAGCAGGCAGCACGCCAGGUCAAACUCAGUCAGCAGGCCAGCCCUCCCAGCCUCCAACCAAGCACAAAACUGGAGGAGAGAAGCCAGAAAAAGGUGAAAAGCAGCAGAAAAGACCCCAGACGCCCUUCCAUCAUCGCAGCCUGACCAGCGAUGAAACAUCCUUAGAGACAGACGCAGCAGUCGGCCAAAGGCUGGCCAUGAGGGGUCAGGAUGGGGGGAGGUUUCGCUCUGCAGAUGUUACCUCCAUCCCCAAAGCCCCCCAGCUCCACAGUGGGGGGAUCAGCACUGGGCCUUCUGAACAGGCCAACUCCCCACAACCCCCGCCUCUUAGCCCCCACCCCUGUGAGCGUGAAGAGGAAUCAGGGGAUGCCAUGAAGAACCCCUCAACCCCCAACAGUCAACACUUUUACCAGCCGCCCCCAGAGCCCUCCCUCGUCAGGGUGAAGGGUGGCGAGGAGCCGGGCGGGUCGGACUGUCUGAGUCAGCACUUCCACUCCCAUCAUCCCCACCCGCAUUCAGCGACCUCUGCCUACUCUGAGCCUCCUGAACCCACCGUGUACGUCGGCGCAGCAGUCAACCUGGAGGAUGACGGCUCCCACGCGCCGUGGAGGUUAUUCAACCUGCCCCGGAGGAAGGAAGCCGAGCAACCCACGCCGCUGCUGCCUGGGGACAAGCUGAGGGACGAGGCCUUAGCAUCACAGGACCUGGUGUCAGUCACAGAGGUGAUGUCUACAUCGAAGUGGCCACUAAAGGUGUCUGAAGAGCGCGUUCAAAUGUACAGAGCCAGGAAGAACCAGUACCUAUGUGCUGCAGUAACUGAUGGAGACCAUGAACCUGAGGUGGACCCCUAUGCCUUCGAGGAGGGGGAUGUCAAGUUCACGUUCUCCAACAAGAAGGAUAAGGCAGGAGGAGAGCGAGAGCCGGGGAAGAAACAUAAGGGUGAAGAUGGAGGAUCAGGUCCAUCAGAUGAUGCUCAGCGUGCAGCUGCCCACAACCGCAUGGCCUCCACCAGUCUCAUCCACGAGACAGACCUGGCGGUGUCCAUCAACGACCUGGACAACCUUUUCAACUCAGAUGAGGAUGACAUGGCGCCUGGCUCGAGGCGACCAGUGAAUGGAACAGAUGAGAAAUUUGGCAGCAAGGAACCGAAGCCAUCCACUUUGGACCCAGUAUCCUGCAAUAGUUCAGCAGAUCUGCAUCGGAUGUUUCCCACGCCUCCCUCCCCAGACACACACAUCAUGGGCUACUCCCCCAUAUACAUGUGCAGCAAAGAGUACGGCAGGAUGGAGCCCAACACGGGCAUGACCACACUUGACGGCACCUCAACUCUGGGAGGCCAUUUCAAGAUCGAGGUGGACGAGAGCUUCUGCAGCCCCAAACCAUCGGAGGUCAAGGACUACUCUUUUGUGUACAAGCCAGAGCUGUGUCAGGCAUUUGUCGGCUGCUCCAUGUUUGCCCCUCUGAAGAUAUUGCCCAGCCAGUGUCUCCCGCCUGUUAAAAUACCAGAGGACUGCAUCUAUCGCCCAAGCUGGACCAUGGGCCGGGAGAUGCUCAACCCCGUGCCCGUCAUGACCUUUCUCAACAAAGACAGUAACAUCCCCAGUGUGGGAAGCACUAUGGACCAGGACUACAGCCAGACCUACACCCCACAGACCCACACUCCCUUCAUAUCCAACAGUGCUCCACCCAGUAACGGUGGGACUGGCAUCCUCCCUUCACCUGCCACCCCACUUUUCCCCGCCCCCACCCCACGCACCCCUCGCACCCCACGCACGCCUCGCGGGCCCUCCAGUGUCCAGGGAUCGCUAAAGCACGAGAACUCUGAUCUAUACUCACCAGCAUCCACGCCCUCCACCUGUCGCCCGCUGAACUCGGUGGAACCGGCCACCGUACCCUCCAUCCCCGAGGCCCACAGCCUCUACGUCACGCUCAUCCUCUCGGAGUCGGUCAUGAACCUCUUCAAAGACUGCAACUUUGACAGCUGCUGCAUCUGCGUCUGCAAUAUGAACAUCAAAGGAUCCGACGUGGGCGUCUACCUGAGCGACCCGGUCGGCGAGGCCCAGGACCCCUGCAGCUGCGGCUUCAGCGCCGUGGUCAACCGGCGCUACGGAAACGGCUCGGGCCUCUUCCUGGAGGACGAGCUGGACAUCAUCGGCCGCGGCUCGGACGUCAGCAGGGAGGCAGAAAAGCGCUUUGAGGAACUCCGGCUGUCCUCGCUGGAGAGAACGGGAGUCGGGAGGGGGGACCGUAUCCCCGACGAGCUGAUCCAGCUGGUGCAGGACCAGUGCGCCAACCCCUUCUCACCCAUUUCAAUCAUAGAGCAGGAAACCGCCACGCGGGGGCCGAGUGGCACCACUGUGCCGCCCUGUGUGAGGGUGGAGGAGAAGGACUACUGCAGCGACUGCUACAUGGCCCUGGAACACGGCAGGCAGUUCAUGGAUAACAUGUCAGGAGGCAAAGUGGACGAGGCUCUGGUGAAGAGCACCUGCCUGCACCACUGGGGAAAACAAAACGCGGUGGACGUGAGUGCACUGUGCUCUCAGGAUGUGCUCCGGGUGCUGAUGUCCCUCCAGCCCGUUCUUCAGGACGCCAUCCAGAAGAAGAGGACGGUGAGGUCGUGGGGCGUUCAGGGUCCCCUCACCUGGCAGCAGUUCCACAAGAUGGCUGGACGCGGCUCUUACGGCACGGAUGAGUCUCCAGAGCCUCUGCCCAUCCCCACCUUCCUGGUGGGUUAUGAGUAUGACUUUGUGGUGCUCUCUCCAUUUAGUCUGCCCUACUGGGAGAAACUGCUGCUUGAUCCAUUUGGCUCCCAGCGGGACAUCGGGUACCUUGUUGUCUGUCCUGACAACGAGGCCCUGCUCAGCGGCGCGAGGAGCUUCUUCCGAGACCUCACAGCUGUCUACGAGUCUUGUCGUCUGGGACAGCACCGGCCCAUUUCAAGAGGCUACCCUGAUGGCAUCGUCCUCGUAGGCGGCAGCGGAGCCAAAAGCAUGGUGGAUCAGCCAGUCAGCGACUGGUUCCUCAAGGCUGCCAGUGGCAACAAUGACGCCUUCAUUAAGCUCAAACUCUAUGCACAAGUGUGCCGCCACAACCUCGCUCCAUACCUCGCAUCGCAGGCAUUAGAUAGUUCCCUCCUCACACAGCCCAGUGCCUCCCCCUCGUCCAACCAGUCUUCAUCAACGCAACAAUCUAGCUCCACCUCCGGCACAGUCAGCCAGCAGAGUUCUUCUGUUCCCAACAACAGCAGCAGCGGUGGUGGGCUGGGAAACGGCCCCGCCUCCUCCAACAACCUUGCAACAUCUUCAGGCCAGCCUGUCAGCACAAUACCGUCAGCCAAGUCCAACUCGUUUCCGCCUUUUGGAAGCAUGAGCAGCCAGGGCUCCCAGAGCAGUCAGCUGGGUCAGCAGGCUGGUACCCAGAACACUGGCGCCUCAGGGGACAACUCCAGCAGCCAGGCCCCGGGGCCCACAGAGCCGCCUGAAAGCACUUUGGAGCGGGAGAAGGUGGGCGUGCCCACAGAUGGGGAAUCUCACGCUGUGAUGUAUCCACCUGCCAUUGUCGUUUACAUUGUGGACCCCUUUAGCUACGAGGAAGCCGACGGAGGCUCUGGGCCGGUGCCAUCCCACUCCAGCAUGUGGACGCUGGGUCUGCUGCGGUGUUACCACGAGAUGCUCCAGGUCCUGCCCCCACACAUUCGAAAUUCCAUUUCUGUACAGAUUGUCCCGUGCCAGUACCUCCUUCAGCCGGUGCGAGGUGAAGACCGCCACAUCUACGCUCAGCACCUCAAAUCUCUGGCAUUCUCAGUCUUCACUCAGUGCAGACGGCCGCUUCCCGCCUCCACCAACGUCAAGUCUCUUACCGGCUUCGGCCCGGGUUUGGCCAUCGACACUGCACUGAAGAGCCCAGAGAGGCCGGAGUGUCUGCGUCUGUACACGCCGCCGUUCAUCCUCGCACCAGUAAAGGACAAGCAGACAGAGUUGGGGGAAACGUUUGGGGAGGCGUCGCAGAAAUACAACAUACUGUUUGUGGGAUAUUGUUUGUCCCAUGACCAGCGGUGGCUUCUGGCCACGUGCACUGACCUGUAUGGAGAACUCCUGGAGACCUGCAUCAUCAACAUAGACGUGCCCAACAGGGCGCGGAGGAAAAAGGGGUCGGUUCGUCGGCUCGGCCUGCAAAAGCUGUGGGAUUGGUGCUUGGGACUGGUGCAGAUGACAUCCGUUCCCUGGAGAGUGGUUAUCGGCCGACUGGGCAGGAUAGGCCACGGAGAGUUGAAAGACUGGAGUAUUCUGUUGAGCAGGAGAAAUCUGCAGUCGCUCAGUCGGCGACUGAAAGAAAUGUGUCGAAUGUGCGUAAUCUCUGCCUCAGACACCCCCAGCAUCCUCAGCGUGUGCUUGGUCGCCAUGGAGCCGCAGGGAUCCUUUAUCAUCAUGCCAGACUCUGUGUCGACGGGUUCUGUGUUUGGCCGCAGCACCACCUUGAACAUGCAGACGUCGCAGCUCAGCACCCCGCAGGACACAUCCUGCACCCACAUCCUGGUCUUCCCCACCUCCGCCUCCGUCCAAAUCGCUAGCUCCAAUGACACCAACAUCGACAUUCUCAACGCCACCACUGAUGGAUCUGACACUAUUGGGAUCAUAGACCUGCUGGACCAGGAGAACGAGUUAGUGGAUCCAGACAUCAUCAACAUCUCGCCCAACACUUCCCCGGUGCACUCCCCUGGCUCUCAUUAUCAUCAUGGAGGUGAUGGUAGUAAGGGCCAGAGCACGGACCGGAUGGAGUCUCAUGAAGAAGUUCCCAACCUCCUGCAGCAGCCUCUGGCACUUGGCUACUUUGUCUCCACGGCGAAGGCGGGUUCUCUACCUGACUGGUUCUGGUCCGCCUGUCCACAGGCUCAGAACCAGUGUCCUCUCUUCCUCAAGGCCUCUUUGCACCUCCAUGUGUCUUCAGUGCAAUCAGAUGAACUACUGCAUAGCAAACACUCCCACCCCCUCGACUCCAAUCAGACCUCAGAUGUACUCAGAUUUGUGCUGGAGCAGUACAACGCCCUCUCCUGGCUAACGUGUGACCCGGCCACGCAGGACCGACGAUCGUGUCUGCCCAUUCACUUUGUGGUGCUCAACCAGAUGUACAACUUCAUCAUGAAUAUGUUGUAACCAUCAGCCUGUUACGAGAGGGGUGUAGGGGAAACAUUUCACAGAAGAGCAAAGUGACCGCUCCAAACGGGGCUCCAUCAAGACAAAUGAAAGAAACGGAGUACAGAGCUGGAUCCUGUACCGGAUGGGAUCAGGCGGCUGGGAAAAGCCGUUUCACUGUGGCUGUUACUGGUUGACACAGGCCUGUCUCUGUCGUUUAAAGACAUUCAUGUAGUAACAAGGGAAUAAAGAAGAAGCUGAGCUGCAAAUAGUGAACGUGAAAGAAUGACAUAUUGUCAUGGUAUGUAGCAUGGCAGUACAGUAACUGGUCAUUCUGUAUCAGAGAGUAUCUGUAAAGUUAUUGGAGGAAAAGGGACAUAUUUGAUCUUGGAAAAAACUCAGAAAUGGAUCCUUGGUUUUAAGACAUAAAAUUCCUUUUUAAUGCUUUGGAUAAAGUGAUAUCCAACGGAAAUGCCUGCAUCUAUCUUAUUUAUUGUAAGUUUUUAAAUGUAUAAUUUGUCUUAUUUCUUACCUUCUUUUAUAUAUAUAUAAAAAAUGAAGGUUUAUAUCACCUUCCUGCUUUAAAGCAAUUGGUCUAAGAUAUAUGUAAUCGUCUUAAUAAUAUAAAACAACCAGGAAAAAUCCCACAAAAAUGAAAUAAAGUCCCAGUAGGUUGUUUUUAGAGUAUUAUUUUUUGUAAUGGAGACAGAAUAUUUGUAUUGUUGCAAUGUACAGAAGAGUGCAGAAUUAUGUUCCAUGCCUUCAAGCAUGAUGGACUUGCAGCAAAGCUGUAGCUACAGAGGAUUUGUACAGCAAUGAACUUCACUGUGUUUAAAUAAAGAGGUACAUUGUUGUAUAUAGUAUUUUAUACCACACAUUUAGACACAAAAACCAAAUGGCAAUAUAUAUAAAUAAAUAUAUAUAUAUGAAUGCCAUGCCAGCAGUUGGUGGUGUGGGUUCUGUUUUAGGAAUAAAGUGCGUCAACCUA